UUGGAACGGAUGCGUGUGCGCGGGACUUAAACGGUGCAAGUGAUGAUCAGAAACUCGGAUUUGUAACGACAAUAAGCAACACGGCAUUUACGGAAAGUGCAAAGAAAGCCAACAAAUAAAUACUUGCAGUUCGUAGAUUAGCAGGCGAACUAGCGAAGCGUAAACGGGAGAGGCGGUUCGAUACUUGAUAUUUCUUAAAUAGCUGCCACUUUAUGUGACACUUCAUCCGGAGUCGAAUAUAUUUAAGCGUUACGAAAUAAAUAUUCACGGACUUUUGUUUUAUUACUAAAUUUUUUUCUGUUAUUUAAUCAAAAUAUUGUAUUUACAUACAAAUAAGCACCCCUGCUUUUGUUUUUAAUUUAAUAGCUGUUGGAGAAUGAUUUGUGUGGUUACUAGUAAAUUAUUUCUGAAGUUAUUAACAAAUUAGCUAUACAUAGUAGCUACGCGCAGAACAAAUAGUGAACGAGAUCACAGGCGGCUGUGCAGUCAAUUAAAUCAGUAAUGAAUCCGGGCACACAUAACAGUGAAUAAUACAAAAACUUUACGCACACAUAAUUGCCGAAAUAAAAGUGUAUUAAGAGCAUUCGAGCUGGAAGAAUUGUUUUUUAAAUAAUUUAAUUCAAUCUAUAGAACGAGGAAUUGUUAAAAAAAAUUAAAAAUGGUUCAGAAGGUAACCAGUGCAAUGAUAGCGCGGAUAAAGCAGCUGCAAUGGGGCAAAAUAUUCUACAUGUACUAUGUAGAACCCAUUGUGUUUAUGUUGGUGUUUGCACACAGCCUAUCCGGUACCAUUCUUCGCAACCAGAUUAUAUACCAAGCCUGCACAACGAUAUUCCAUUACAACGAUAGUAUUUGCAUAGAAUUGGGCACCAAAAAUGCUAGCGAACAAGCGACGCAAAUUGAAACCGAAGUGCAGCCAUACGUCGCAAAUCUGUUUAUGAUACGCACACUUUUGGAGAGUAUUGUGCCGGCGCUGUGUGGCGUUUUCAUAGGCUCAUGGUCGGAUCACUAUGGCCGCAAGCCAUUGCUGGUCAUAUCAAUGAUAGGCUUCUCAUUCACCUACAUCAUCGCUGCAGUGAUUUGUCAAAUAGCCGUCUAUCAACCGGUGAAUCCCUGGUACUAUGUUUUGGCUGUGGUGCCACAUUCCGUUUUAGGUGGCAAUUGUGUGUUCUCCGUGGCAGCUUUCUGCUUCAUAUCUGAUGUGACGGAUACUAAGACAAGACCCUACAGAAUGAUUUUCAUGGAAGCAUUCUUUUCCAUUGGCCUGAUGAGCGGUUCUUUGCUGUCAAGUUUCGUCUAUGCUGCUACUGGUGCCACAACUACUUUCAUCAUUUCCGGUUUGCUGAUGUGCGGCGCAACAGUUUUCAUUGUGGCCUGCGUGCCGGAGAGCUUAAAUUUAAGUGAGGAUUUGAAUGGAUGCUGUGAUAAAAAUACAAAACCAAACAUGAAUGGAAAGCACAGAGAAAAUAUCGCUUUAGACAACGUCAGCAAUUCCAAAGUGGAAACCCAAGGAAAGCGGAAAAGUGUACUCGCAAUAGAUGCAAAGGGUAAAGUAGUAGAAACAGCAGCAGAAGAUGCACUGAAAGAGUCAAACGAAACCGCAAAGGAAGUCAAAAAAGAUUUAAAUAGGUGUGAAAAGGCAAAAGAAGCAGGCCUUAGCUCUGUGGCGAAUGGUUUAACCAGUGAGAAGCACAAAGCUGAGGAGAUACCAAUGGAGAAAUCUAAAAAGGCAGGACUUUUCAGUUACGUGCACAUCAAAGAUAUGCUGGUGACUUGCUUUAAAACUCGGCCCUUCUAUGAUCGCAGCAUUAUUUGGCUUGUAACUGGUACCAUGUUUCUAUCGAUCUUUGUGCUUGAUGGCGCCAUGACGGUCUUCUAUUUGUUUGUGCGCGAAAAAUUCCACUGGACUGUGCGAGAUUUCACCUUUUACGAGACGGUUGGUCAUAUGGUGCCCAUGUUUGGUACACUAAUUGGUUUCUUGAUAUUGCGAAAGGUCUUCAGUAUGUCCGUGGUGACAUUGGCACUCAUUUCAUUCUUAAGCGAAGUUAUCAGCAGCAUUGUAAGAGGCGUGGCAUCGGAGGCUUGGCAUUUGUAUUUGGCUGUCGCUUUGGGCGUCUUUAAAUCGAUAGGUGGACCCAUGUGCCGCACGAUUGUGUCGAAUAUAGUGCCCGCAACAGAUCUGGGUAAAAUAUUUUCCAUUAAAAAUGUGCUGCAAUCGAUUGCACCCUUCUUGGCGGCGCCUCUCUACACAGUCAUCUACAAGGAGUCACUUAAAACAUUUCCAGGAUUGUUUAAUAUUGUGAGCGCUGCUUUGUAUGCGAUUGCGUUCGUAUUCCUGAUCAUUGUAUUGCGGUUUAAAUAUUCCUACCGGGAGCAUUACGCGGCAAUAUUGAAAUGAUUCAACCAUCAAAAGCUACCUCCGUCAAUUGUUACAGAAAUAUGUAUAUAAAAUAAUGUGAUAUUUGUACGAUUAAGUAAAAUGAUUUCUCGAAUAGAAAUAAAAA